GCAUGACCAGCAAACACAGCCACGAGCACCACCCCUAUGAUUAUACAGUUCUUUAUCAUUUCUUUUACAUAAUCUCUGACAUGAUCGAAGGUCUGCUGUCCGACAACAAUGUUGAUAUAAGCUUUUGACAAGCCGCUUGCUCUGCUCAUUCGAUGUGUCAACGCUUAAUGGAUACGUCCAAAUCAGAGAUGAGACGUCCCACCUGAAAAUUCGACCACAAGCCCAAAGACUUGCGGUAUGCGGCCCAUCCACUCUCACGCUGGCUGAGUGCUGAAAACUUAAUGUGGGCCGCUCUGCGGCUCCCACCAAAGCUCCUGCCAUGGGGAAUACCGCCACCAAGUUUCGUAAAGCACUUAUCAGUGGAGACGAAGGCCUGGCUUGCCAGCUUUAUGAGAGCAACCCCCAAUUUAAAGAGGCUCUGGAGCCCAACGCAUCUUAUGGGGAGCCCUAUCAACACAACACACCCCUGCACUACGCCUCACGCCAUGCCAUGACACGCCUCAUCAGGUCUUUCAUUUUCGCCAAAGAUGGCAAUCCCAACAAGUGCAAUGUUCACAAUGAGACGGCGUUGCACCUGCUGUGCAUGGGCCCGCAGAUCCUGCUGAGCGAGGGGGCGCUGCAGCCGCGGAUCAGCCGCCCUCAGGAGGAUGAACAGAAGCGGGCUGAGUGCCUCCAGAUGAUCCUGCAGUGGACCGGAGCCAAGCUGGACCAGGGCGAGUAUGAGAGAGCCAAUGUCAACUCCACUGACAACAAAAAGAGCACCUGCUUGCACUAUGCAGCGGCGGCUGGCAUGAAAAACUGUGUUGAGUUGUUGGUGAAGAACAAUGCAGAUUUGUUCGUGGAGAACGAAGACAGGGAGACGCCGUGUGACUGUGCGGAGAAACAGCACCACAAGGAGCUGGCGCUCAGUCUGGAGUCUCAGAUGGUUUUCUCUCAGGAUGCCGGAGCUCAGGAGAUAGAAGCGGAGUAUGCCGCCCUUGAUCGACGAGAGCCAUAUGAGGGAUUGAAACUGCAAGACCUGCGUCGGUUGAAAGACAUGUUGAUAGUUGAGACGGCGGAUAUGCUGCAGGCUCCUCUUUUCACGGCCGAGGCCCUGCUGCGAGCUCACGAUUGGGACAGGGAAAAGCUUCUUGAAGACUGGAUGUCUAAUGCGGAGGACUGCUGCCAGCGCUCAGGUGUUCAGAUGCCAACUCCCCCACCGAGUGGCUACAAUGCCUGGGACACUCUGCCUUCACCUAGAACUCCGAGAACAACUCGCUCCUCUGUCACCUCCCCUGAUGAGAUCAGCCUGUCUCCUACUGAUGGCCUUGCCCUGUGUGGGAUUUGCAUGUGCAGCAUAUCUGUGUUUGAGGACCCUGUGGAUAUGUCGUGUGGACACGAGUUCUGCAGGGCAUGCUGGGAAGGGUUUUUGAAUAUGAAGAUCCAAGAAGGGGAAGCACAUAACAUCUUUUGCCCUGCAUAUGACUGCUUCCAGCUGGUUCCUGUGGAGGUCAUUGAAAGCGUUGUCUCCAGAGAGAUGGAUAAGCGUUACCUGCAGUUUGACAUUAAGGCUUUUGUGGAUAAUAAUCCAGCCAUUCGCUGGUGCCCCGUUGCCAGAUGUGAAAGAGCCGUACGACUGACUAGGCCAGGCCCUGGAGCCUCUGACCCUAUGAGCUUCCCUUUGCUCAAAGCUCCUGCUGUAGACUGUGGCAAAGGCCAUCUCUUCUGCUGGGAGUGUCUCGGUGAUGCUCAUGAACCCUGUGACUGUGAGACAUGGAAGAUGUGGCUGCAGAAAGUGUCUGAAAUGAGGCCUGAAGAACUGGCUGGUGUGAGUGAAGCCUAUGAAGAUGCUGCCAACUGCCUGUGGCUACUCACCAACUCCAAACCUUGUGCCAACUGCAAAUCCCCCAUCCAGAAAAAUGAAGGCUGUAAUCACAUGCAGUGCGCGAAGUGCAAGUAUGAUUUCUGCUGGAUUUGUCUUGAGGAAUGGAAGAAACACAGCUCCUCUACUGGAGGAUACUAUCGCUGCACGCGCUACGAGGUCAUCCAACAGGUGGAGGAACAGUCCAAGGAGAUGACUGUUGAGGCAGAAAAAAAGCACAAGAGUUUUCAGGAGCUUGACCGUUUUAUGCAUUACUACACACGAUACAAGAAUCAUGAACACAGUUACCAGUUAGAAGAACGACUCCUGAAAACAGCCAAAGAAAAGAUGGAACAACUGAGCAAAGCUUUUAUUGGAAGGGAAGGAGCCCCACCUGACACCACGUUCAUUGAGGAUGGUGUGCAUGAACUUCUCAAGACCCGACGCAUCCUUAAGUGCUCUUAUCCGUAUAGUUUCUUCUUGGAGCCCAAAAGCACAAAGAAAGAAAUAUUUGAACUUAUGCAGACUGAUUUAGAGAUGGUCACCGAAGACCUUGCUCAGAAAGUGAACAGGCCUUACCUCCGCACCCCUCGCCAUAAGAUCAUCAGUGCCACGUAUCUGGUGCAGCAGAAGAGACGGGAGUUCUUGGCCUCUGUGGCUCGAGGUGUAGCCCCAAAUGAUUCUCCCGAGGCUCCUCGCCGCAGUUUUGCUGGUGGGACGUGGGACUGGGAGUAUCUGGGAUUUGCCUCUCCUGAGAUGGUGAGGAAUCACCCAGUACGGGGAUCAAAUGCACAGCGUGAGAGCAAUUACAAUGCAGGAGGCCAGCCGCAGGAAUACUCAGAAUUUCAGUACAGACGGAGACACAGGCAGCGGCGUAGAGGAGACCUACUCAGACUGCACAGCCUCCGCAGUAACACUCCUGAACCGCAUGACUCCAAUGACAACACUUCAGAAUCACAUGAGGGAGGCAGUACACAAAGGCAUGGGAUCUCCACGGCACUUGGUUCUCUGGAUGAAGAUGACCCCAAUAUUUUGUUGGCUAUUCAGCUGUCCCUACAGGAGUCCGGGCUGGCCUUGGACCCCGAGCCUCAGGAUGCGCUCAGUAACGAUGCCUCUGUAGGUGCCAGUGGUUCCUCUCUGCCCUCUAGACUGGAUUCUGCCCCCCAUACCGCAGAUCCCCCCCGAGCUUCCAUGAGCAGCUCUGAGCUUCUGGAGCUGGGAGACAGCCUUAUGAGACUGGGCAACAUUACCAGCCACUAUACACCCUUUAACAUGAAUUCCUACCCUGAUGCCUUGGGUAACGCCUUCACCCCUAGUGACCCAGACUGCCUGGACCCUUCCACCAAUGCCAACCUGCUUGGCAACAUUAUGGCCUGGUUCCAUGAUAUGAAUCCACAGAGCAUUGCACUGAUUCCCUCAGCCACCUCAGACGCCAGUCCUGAGCCACCCGUUUUUGGAGAGGGACAAUCUGCCAAAGCCCAGGACGAGGAUAAUGAGGUGGGGAGUCCUGAGCAGGGCUCCUUGUCGCUAAUGAAGGAGAGCGCAGAUGUGUUGGCAUCACAACUUUUGGAGCUAGAAUGUGUGGAUGAUGCACAACCUCCUAAAGCAGAGCCAGACUCUGAGGGUUCAGGCGGGAGUGUAGAUCUCACUAGCGCAAUUUGUCCUGAGAGCAGUACUGAUCGAGAUCCGCAGGUUACCGACCUCUCCUUAGAGUGGGAGGAAGAAGUGCACCUAGUGUGAGUCUAAUUAUGUUUACCAACUGAGUGCUCUUAUUGUGCCAAAACACUAAAUAAAACAAAACUGCUCAUUCAGAAACGGAGAGAAGCGAACGAGGGUUAGACGGGACUCGUCUCGGUUGCGUAAAGCACCGCGUCUGGUGGAAGAAACAGGAAAAUGUGGUCAGAUUCAAGCUGAUGAAAGUCAAUGAGAAAAGAGUGGGUCUCAUUCACUAACCGUAUUUGUGUGUGUAUGAAUGUUUUUGCACAGAAAUCAUGAUUCAUUAAUAUCUUAGCACUUUUUUUCCUUACAUUUAGCAUAAAAUUUACAACCAACUAAAACUGCACGCAUGUAAAAAUCAGUCCAGGUGGCCUUAGAAACAUGAAAUGUUUUAAGCCUAAAAGAUUUAUAUGUGAUUAUAAAUUUGAAGAACUAAGAUCUGGUAUAGGUUCUGUAUUAAAAUGUGUUGUUAGGCCUAUACUAUUUACAAGCCAUUAUAUGGAGAUGGUUAGGGCGCUAAUUAUGCUAAUUGCUAACUUUAGGGACGGUUAUGUAGAAUAAUCUGGAUUUAUUAACAUUAGAAAGAGAGUAAGAGUGUAAUUUUGUGUAAGAACCAUUUUUGUGCACAUAAGAACACGGUUAUAAGUGAAUGUUGCUAAGUAUUAGUCACAAUGAAAUGAAAGUAGCGACAGGUGUUUUCUUCCAUAUUGCGCUGUACAUCCGAGUAAAACAGGUAUUUGGAGAAGAAAAAAAUGUUAGGUGGGGACUUGGUUAUAUUCGUUGUUGUGUUGAUUGGACGGAGGCAGAUCUGAAUAGCUUGCAGUUGAUUGUAAGAAAGAUUUACAUGCGCUAAAUGAUUGGAGAAAGGAACACACAUCAUCAUAGAGAAGUCUGUCAUUUUCACUGGAAGAUCCAGUUAUGACAUUUCGAUUAAGAAUGACAAGAUUUUUGUUUCAAGCCACGCAAAGCCACUUUGGUCAUCUUUAGAAAUUUUGCUGUGGGUGCCAUGAGAGAAAGCUCCAUCUGUAUUAGAUUGGAAAUUCAUUCUUUCUUUUAAGUUGAGAUGAACGGAAAUUAAAUGGAUGAUUUUUGACAUAGUUGUAUCUUUCUGAAAAGAAAAAGCAAUGUUUACGUUCAGAAGAAAAUACAUGGAUCGAUUUCAGGGUUGCCAGGUUUUCACAACAAAACCCGCCUGAUUGCUACUCAAACUAUCCCAAAAGUAGCCCAAUUGCGGUUUGAAGGGGGGUAAAAUACACCUUUUUUGUGGGGUUCCCCUGGUCAAAUUAGCAUUUCAGGUGCUAAAUAUUAGUCGCUUCAACCCGCGAACGUGAAAAACAACCCGCGGCAACACUGUAUAAAGUAGCCCAAUUCCGCGGGAGGACCGCAGACUUGGCAACACUGAUCGAUUCUGUGGUUUUUCCGAAUGCUGGAAUCGAUUCUGAGCUUAGUUUUUAACAUGAGAUGGUGCUCUAGGCUAGUUUUUAACCGCACACUCAAAAGCUUCAAAAAGCGUUCAACUGAGUAUUUUAAGCGUUAAAUGUACUUGCACCUUGGCUUUUAUGUUUUUAUGACGCGAGAUUAAUGUAAACACAGCCUGCGAACACUCUUGUAAUUCGCUUUUUUUAUGAAUGAUUAUUUUAAGUUCAAGUGGUGUGUGUAAGGAACUGAAAGCAAGCGGAGAAUGGCUGUUUUUCUAAAGCAGGCAGUUCCAUCUGUUGUUCAAAACUGCUAAGAAUCGAUUCAAGAGUGAAUUGCGAUGCGUUCGGAAAAUCAGAGAAUCGAUUCACGAAUUGAUUUGUCAUGACACCUCUACAUGAAAGCUUCAAUCAAAUGUUUCUUGGCUCUUACAGUUUCUUGGCUCUUACAGAAGCCACCAUUAACACCUGAACUUUUUGCCUUUAUGAGUUUUUUGCCCUGUUUUGUUUUUAAUUUUACAGCUCUCAUUUUUAGGAAUUUCAAUUUGUUGCUUCAUUUAAAAACACUAAUGUUCUUUUCGUUUAACUUAAGUCACAAUGCACAUUUCAUGUUAUGAGGAGUGUUUUGAAAUAUUCGAAGUGUUACUGUUUGUUCUUCAGCAUAUUGUCCUGCAGAAGACCCUAUUCGCUUACUAAAGGUUACACUUUAUGUAAAUUUACGCUCCUGAAAAUGUGAUGGCAUUUAUUACCUAAUAUCUAUUGUGACUACUACACACAAUACCUCUGAUUAUCCUGUGUUGUGUAUUUCAUUUGGGCUCAUAAAUAUUAUGCAUAUAUACGCAUAAAGACACUUCACAGGUCUUCUGAAGCAGUAGAGAGAUAACAACAGUGCUUUUGCUUUUUCCGUUUGUUUGCCGAACUCAGUCAUUUUCUUUAAAAACAAAAAAUGUUAUUUUGUGUCUUGUGUGUGUGGCAUGUGUGGCCAAACUAAUAGAUCUGUUAACCAAUUAUCAAACUUUUGCAGAAGGCCAAUCAUAUCCCUCUCUGACGAAACAUACUGUGCAGUAACCAAGAGGCUUUCCAAAGAAUUUUCUAGGUUAAAUACAAUUUAAAUUUAUAGACAGCAUCUGUGGCAUGCUAUCGGUCACCACAUCAUCCCUUAGUUUGUGCAACAAAAGCAAUGCAUUUAAAGCAUUUGAAAACUCCAACACUGUUGAUUGAUCUUAAAAUGUAUUACACCAGAAUAUUUCUAUUACUGAUACUUAAUUGUUGGAAGAUCUUAGAUGUGGGGAAGAGAUGUUUUUCUUUCUUUUUCUUUUAAUUCUACUAUGCUCAUCAGUGUGCCUUUUUUGUACUUUUUCUUAUUUAUAUACAUUGCCUAAUUAUGUUAGUGUUUGCUGUGUCAAUCAAAUAAUCAACCUUACAUAUUCAUGAAUUGCUAAAAAUUCAGUAUCUACAUUUAGUUGCUAAAAACUUGUUUCUUUUUUCAGAUUAGUUUUUGGUUCAUGUUGACAACAGCCUCAUUUGUUGUAUUACACUGAACAGGUUGCCAUGUUUUGAUUGUCUUCAUUACGACUUCACAGGUAGAGUGGUCUGUGGCUCUAGAGAGGUGUUUUUUUUUUAAUGACGUCAUGCUAUAAGGGGAAAGAAAGAAUAGAUUAUGUAGAGUUGGUGAUUAUAGUUGGUGUUAUUAGUUUUGUUUGUUUCUUUUUUUUUUCCAGAAAAUUUUACAUCGAAAGUGAUGGCCAGUUUUUACAGGUUUGACCUCAUAUUAAAUCAUCCUGCAUAGUAAUGAUGUUUUUUUUUUUUUUUUGGAAACAUGACCAUUAACUUUGCAUUGUCAUUUAGCACUUUCAUAGACUAUACUUGAUACAUUCCCAGUUUGUAUGAUGUGUAGCCAAUAAACAGAAAGUAUUGGUAAAGGUUUGCUCGGAUUAAAAAGUUUAAAGUGCAGCCCUGUUUUGUUGUGGUUCAUUAAAAACUAAUGCAACAUA